ACCCAGUAUCGCCAACUUUUUCUCUCGACCUGCCUCGACAAGUUACUGUUCCCUCUACAAGCAAAUUCAACCUAACUUGCCAAGCAUCCGGAAUUCCGCUGCCAACCAUCACUUGGUUUAAGAAUGGAAGUCCCCUCCUGCAUUCUCCAAUUAGUACUGUCAAGGGUCAUUCCCUGUUACGUUAUGAGUCGAUCAAAAGAGAAGACAAAGGGGAUUACUGGUGUGAGGCGAGCAAUUUUGCAGGUUGGAAAAGGUCAUCGACUGCAACUCUCACUGGUAAAUAUUAUCAUUUUUGUAUCACGGAUAUGUCCAGGGCUUCAGAGGGAAGAUAAGGUAGGGGCCCUCCAUAAAAAAACAAGUACUGGAUAUUAUAUAGCUGGAAACUUCCCAACAGCGCUCUUUCAUUAUUUACUUCGGGGUCACAACAUGACAUCUAACAAUAAAACUGUUUCCCGCCAAAAUCUCCGAGCGGGCAACAUUGCAAAAAAAUCUAUGACGUUACAGGGUAACACGGAAUGUUGACCGACAACCGCGAUUACAACGAAGUUAAAUGAAUUUCCUGUUUCAAAAUUUCCAGCUAUAUAAUAAAUCAAAAAGUUCUCAAUGUUUCCGUCGGCCUCGCCUCGGUAAAGCGUCCAUGUUAGGCCCACCAGACGUCCCGAAACAUGUAAUUACCAUGUACAACCAAUGCCCUUGUAGGGGGCUCUUGAAACAUUUACCCAUGUUUACCCCUAGUUAACGUCGUUCCACCCCAUUUAAGCAUGCUUACCCCUAGUUAACUUCGUUUCGACACAUUUACCCAUGAUUACCCCUAGUUAACCUCGUUUUACCCCAUUCACCCAUGUUUUUCCCUAGUUAACCUCGUUUUACCCCAUUCACCCAUGUUCACACCUAGUUAACCUCGUUUUACCACAUUUACCCAUGUUUACCCCUAGUUAACCUCGUCUUACCCCAUUCAUCCAUGUUUACCCCUAGUUAACCUCGUUUUACCCCAUUCACCCAUGUUUGCCCCUAGUUAACCUCGUUUUACCCCAUUCACCCAUGUUUACCCCUAGUUAACCUCGUUUUACCCCAUUCACCCAUGUUCACGCCUAGUUAACCUCGUUUUACCACAUCCACCCAUGUUUACCCCUAGUUAACCUCGUUUUACCCCAUUCACCCAUGUUUACCCCUAGUUAACCUCGUUUUACCCCAUUCACCCAUGUUCACACCUAGUUAACCUCGUUUUACCACAUUUACCCAUUUGUUACAACAUACCACCCAUCGGUGCGUAACCUUAAAAAUAUAUUGAUGCAAAACUGAAACUUAAUACAAAAUCAGCCUUUGCUGAAAAAUAAAUUUAAAGAUCCGCCAAUUAUAUCCUACAAGAGAGGGCAAUCUCUUAAAGACAUGCUUGUUAGGGCAAAAAUAUAAGGCAGCGUUCAUAACAAUGACCACAACAUAACGCAGUGAGUCGUGCAGGCCUGUCAUUGAUUAUUAUCACUAGGGGUAAACAUGGGUGAAUGGGGUAAAACAAGGUUAACUAGGGGUAAACAUGGGUGAAUGGGGUAAAACAAGGUUAACUAGGGGUAAACAUGGGUGAAUGGGGUAAAACGAGGUUAACUAGGGGUAAACAUGGGUGGAUGUGGUAAAACGAGGUUAACUAGCGGUAAGUAUGGGUGAAUGGGAUAAAACGAGGUUAACUAGGGGUAAACAUGGGUGAAUGGGGUAAAACGAGGUUAACUAGGGGUAGACAUGGGUGAAUGGGGUAAAACGAGGUUAACUAGGGGCAACCAUGGGUGAAUGGGGUAAAAUGAAGUUAACUAGGGGUAAACAUGGGUGAAUGUGGUAAAAAAGGGUUAACUAGGGGUAAACAUGGGUGAAUGGGGUAAACCAAGGUUAACUAGGGGUAAACAUGGGUGAAUGGGGUAAAACAAGGUUAACUAGGGGUAAACAUGGGUGAAUGUGGUAAAAUGAGGUUAACUAGGGGUAAACAUGGGUGGAUGUGGUAAAACGAGAUUAACUACGGGUAAGCAUGGGUGAAUGGGAUAAAACGAGGUCAACUAGGGGUAAACAUGGGUAAAACAAGGUUAACUAGGGGUAAACAGACCCAUUACUGUGCUGCCAACGAUCAGUAAAAUUCUAGAAAAAGCCGUGCACACCCAACUGUACGCUUAUCUUAAGAACAAUGGUAUCCUUACAUCUAAGCAAUUUGGGUUCUGGCCGAAGUUAUCAACUGGAACAGCCCUAUCUCAUUUCACAGACAAUAUCCUCCAGAAUAUGGACGCUGGUUCCUUUACAGGUGCUGUUUUUCUGGACCUGUCUAAGGCCUUCGAUACAGUGGAUCAUCCCCUGCUGCUGCAAAAAUUGACGCACAUCGGUCUUACCACCUCUACCACCCAGUGGUUUAGAUCGUACCUCACAAACAGAUCUCAAAUUACAUCAGCUGGAGAUGCUCACUCUGCAUCUACCGAAAUGCCUAUUGCAGUACCCCAAGGCAGUAUAUUGGGACCUUUAUUAUUUUUAGUUUAGGUGAAUGAUGUUCCGGACUGUCACCUGGCAAGCGAUAUUAUUCUUUAUGCAGACGAUACUGUACUCUAUUACUCAUCCAAAAGCGUCAGUGAUCUUGAACAUCACAUCAAUGCUGACUUGGGGACAGUGUCUGAGUGGUUCUCUAGAAAUCUCCUGACACUAAAUAUAUCCAAAUGUAAUUUUGUUAUCUUUGGAAGUCCUCAGAAACUGAAUCGUAUUCAAGGCAUUUCGGUUAAAGUAGAGGGCACUAGCAUUGAAAGAACACAAUCAUUCAAAUACCUAGGCGUAACGCUUCAACAGUCUAUGUCCUGGGCAGAUCACGUCGAUGCUAUCAGCAUGAAGAUUAAUCAGAGAAUAGGCCUAAUUAGGAGAAUCAGGAAUCUAUUGCCGCUACAAGCUAGAGUUGCCUUGUACAAUGCCCUAAUCCUCCCUCUUUUUGAUUACGGAGACGUUAUAUGGGGGGACAAGAACAAUGACACCAUCAUGUCAGAAUUACAGAUUCUACAGAAUAAAGCUGCUAAAGUUAUGCUGGGGCAACCACCCCGAAGCUCGUCAACUGAAGCACUGAAAAGUCUAGAUUUGAAGACACUGUCCACAAGAAGGUUUUUUCAUCGCUGCAUUGCAAUCCACAAGUGUCUUAUUGGAGAAACCGAUUUCAACUUUAAUUUUACUAAAAGUCAAGCUGUUCAUUCAUAUAAUACAAGACGCUCUAAUGAUAUUCGCUUACCCCUACCCAGAACAAACUGGGGUAAACAAACUUUUAUUUUUCACGCCGCGAAAGACUGGAACAGCCUUUCAAAUGAUUUAAAAGAGUGUAAUAUUUUAUCUAUUUUUAAAUCCAAGUUAAAAACUUUUUUAAAAGAUCUCAGCUAAUUUUAAACCUUGAUGUUUUUUUGUAUAAUCGAUUUUAAGAUUUUUAAUUUUUAAAUUUGUUUUACUUGUAAACAUAUUUUACUUUUUUCGUAAUUAUUAAUUAAUUAGUUAGAUUAAUGCAUGAGGGCCCCACUGAAAACCGCCUUGGCGAGUUGGGCUCCCUCUAUAAAUAUUAUUAUUAUUAUUAUUAUUAUUAUUAUUAUUAAACAUGGGUAAAUGUGGCAAAAUGAGGUUAACUAGGUGUGAACAUGGGUGAAUGGGGUAAAACGAGGUUAACUAGGGGUAAACAUGGGUGAAUGGGGUAAAACGAGGUUAACUAGGGGUAAACAUGGGUAAAUGGGGUAAAACGAGGUUAACUAGGGGUAAACAUGGGUGAAUGGGGUAAAACGAGGUUAACUAGGGGUAAACAUGGGUAAAUGGGGUAAAACGAGGUUAACUAGGGGCAAACAUGGGUGAAUGGGGUAAAACGAGGUUAACUAGGGGUAAACAUGGGUGAAUGGGGUAAAACGAGGCUAACUAGGGGUAAACAUGGGUAAAUGGGGUAAAACGAAGUUAACUAGGGGUAAACAUGGGUGAAUGGGGUAAAACGAGGUUAAUUGGGGGUAAACAUUGGUGAAUGGGGUAAAACGAGGUUUAGUAGGGGUAAACAAGGCAAGAUUUGUUUGCGAGUUUUUUUCUUUUGUUGUAGAGCCGACUGUCUUUUUGCGAAGUUGACUUCUGAUAACGUUGUCUGUAUCAUCUCGUGGGGGUAUUCGCGCGUUAUGAGGCGCGAUUUAAAAUUCGAGAUACUUUCAUCGAACGUUGUUUCAGAAGAGUUUGUUCUCAGUAGUCUGAGUGCUUCGCCUUUAAUAAAACCUCUUUUCACACCCACUGGAUGGCUCGAGGUAAAAUGUGUAUACUGAAAGGUUUCAGUAGGCUUGUAAUGCGUACGGAUGUCAAGGAUCGAUUCAUUUCUGAAACGUUCUCCUUUAAAAAUAAUUGUGUCGAGAAAGGUUGUCUCGUUAUCUGAAAUUUCAGCCGUAAAUUUAAUUGUAGGAUGGAAGUUGUUAGCUUGUUCAAUGAACAGGUUAAUUUCCUUUUUGUCACUGUCCCAUAGUGAGAAAAUGUCAUCAAUAAAACGUUUCCAUUCUAUUGGUUUUGUUUUGCUUUGACUUAUCAUUUUUGUCUCAAUAUCAGCCAUAAAAAUGUUUGCAAAUGCAACGGCCAUUUUUGUACCCAUUGCAGUGCCAUGGGUCUGAAGAUAAUUGUUUCCAAUAAAUUGGAAUGAAUUUUCAUGAAGGAUAAGUUUAAGCAUUUCUUUGAGGUAGUGUGACAGUAUAGGAGGGUUAUUGUUGUGGAAUGCCUCGUAUACUGUUGUGAUCCCCUCUUCCUGUGGCAUAUUUGUGUACAAGCUUGUUACAUCCAUUGAUACUAAGAUAGUAUCUUGAAAGACCUUUGUCUUUUCUAUAAAGUUUACGAAAUCCGUUGUAUCUUUUAGAUACGAUUUCUGUUUUUGUGCGAUGGGCUGAAGUAGUUUGUCCACAAAAAAUGAUAAUCUUUCUGUAGGGCCUUCACAGCCCGAAAUUAUCGGUCUUCCGACCGGAUUUGGUUUCUGGAUCUUAGUAAGGGUGUAAAAUAUUAGUAUUCUUGGCGGAUCUUGCGUUCGAGAAAACCAGUUCUUUGUCAUGUCAUCAAUAAAGUUAUUUUGAUGCAAUUGUGCGACAAGCUCUUAAACUCUUUGUGAUGUAAACACGAGUAAACGGGUUGAAACGUGGAUAAACAGGGGUAAACAUGGGUAAACGGGGUAAAACAUGGAUAAACUUGGGUAAACAUGGGUAAACGGGGUAAGACAUGGGUAAACUUGGGUAAACGCGAGUAAACGGGGUACAACAUGGAUAAACUUGGGUAAACAUGGGUAAACGGGGUAAGACAUGGAUAAACUUGGGUAAACAUGGGUAAACGGGGUAAAACAUGGAUAACUGGGUAAACAUGGGUAAACGGGGUAAGACAUGGAUAAACUUGGGUAAACAGGAGUAAACGGGGUAAAACAUGGAUAAACUUGGGUAAACAGGAGUAAACGGGGUAAAACAUGGAUAAACUUGGGUAAACAUGGGUAAACGGGGUAAGAUAUGGAUAAACUCGGGUAAACAGGGGUAAACGGGAUAAAACAUGGAUAACUGGGUAAACAUGGGUAAACGGGGUAAAGCAUGGAUAAACUUGGGUAAACAUGGGUAAACGGGGUAAUUGGGUAGACAUGGGUAAACGGGGUAAAACAUGGAUAAACUGGGGUAAACAUGCGUAAACGGAGUAAAACAUGGAUAAACAGGAGUAAACACGAGUAAACGGAGUAAAACAUGGAUAAACAGGGGUAAAGGAGGUUAAACAGAGUAAAACAUGGAUAAGCCAGAGUAAACAUGGGAAAACGAGGUCAAACGUGGAUAAACUUGGGUAAACACGAGUAAACGGGGUAAAACAUGGAUAAACUUGGGUAAACACCAGUAAACGGGGCAAAACAUGGAUAAACUUGGGUAAACACGAGUAAACAGGGUAAAACAUGCACAAACUGGGGUAAACAUGGGUAAACGGGGUAAGCCGUAGGUAAACUGAGGUAAACACGAGUAAACGGGGUAAAACAUGGAUAAACUGGGGUAAACACGAGUAAACGGGCUAAAACAUGGAUAAACUUGGGUAAACAGGAGUAAACGGGGUAAAACAUGGAUAAACUUGGGUGAAUACGAGUAAACGGGGUAAAACAUGGAUAAACUUGGGUGAAUACGAGUAAACGGGGUAAAACAUGGCUAAACCUGGGUAAACACGAGUAAACGGGGUAAAACAUGGAUAAACUUGGGUAAACACGAGUAAACGGGGUAAAACAUGGAUAAACUUGGGUAAACACGAGUAAACGGGGUAAAACAUGGAUAAACUUGGGUAAACACGAGUAAACGGGGUAAAACAUGGAUAAACUUGGGUAAAUACGAGAAAACGGGGUAAAACAUGAAUAAACUUGGGUGAAUACGAGUAAACGGGGUACGACUUGGGUAACCCUGGGUAAACACGAGUAAAAGGGGUAAAACAUGGCUAAACUUGGGUAAACACGAGUAAACGGCUUGGAACGUGGAUAAACAGGGGUAAACAUGGCUAAACGGGGUAAAAGGUGGAUGAAUUUGGGUAAACAUGCAGAUAUGUAAAUUUUAUAUCUUCGGGACGUCUGGUGGGCCUAACAUGGUCGCAUUACCCUCGCCUCGGGAAAUAUUGAGAUUCUCGGGAAUCAAAAUUAGCUGUUUCCUCUCGGGACCAGUCAUUAAGUGUUUAUUGUUUGCCAUUGCAUUGCUACAUGGGGAGAUUUAAUAUCAUUAAUAUUAAAUUCGUUCGCUUGCUUUAUGCUUUAGUAUUGUGGAAGCCCUUCUUCACAAUGCAUCCCCAAGACAAUACUGUGAAGUUACAAUCUGGGACUGCAGUUGUAGCCCUAAAAUGUGCUGCAGAAGGCUUUCCGCCUCCGGUUAUAAACUGGUUAAGAAAUAACUCGACAGUCGUCAACGACUCCGUGACCAGCAACGGAAGUGUUUCUACUCUCAACCUUGUUUUACGUACUAUAAAGGAAGAGAAUCCUACGUACAUGUGUGUGGCAACAAAUGCAAUGGGAAGAUCUUAUUCCAGCGAAGCAGCGUUGACGUUCGCAGAGAUACCCACUACAAAGUCUCUAUCAACCCUAAAAGGUAACAAAAUAAAACAUGUUCCAAGCUUUCAAGAGGCUUUAAAGUCUGUUAUAUUUCACACAGUUUUGAUGAUAAACCGACUGCUUUCGUCUCAGCCGUUCACCCGGACGAUCAUACCCAACCUACUUAUGAAAUGACCCCUGGGUUCAAACCUUUCACGGUAAUAAACAGAUUAAGAAUUUAAUUUUAAUGCUGUAAGUGAAAGAGUGGACUUAAAAUGGUUUACAGUGGGAAACAGCACGACCGGACACAUGGGAAUGGUUCGAGAAACCGAGUGUUCGUUGAAUAUAAAUGCUACACUAGAAAAUCCACCGAUUCGACAUCUGCGACAGCAAGUGUCUUGGUUCGAAGACCAUCUCACUGACCGUGUCUAAAGGGUCGCCGUUCUCGGCGUCAACUCUGAACCUCUCCCUGUAUUAUCAGGCGUGCUGCAAUGAUCAAUACUUGGACCACUCUUGUUCCUCGUAUAUAAGGUGGUCUUCUCGAGCUCUCAAUUUAAUCCUUGACAUAGAAGAUUUCAGCAGCGCACAAAAAUAUUCAUGUUGUCUGUGCCGUAUCGGUCCGAACCAAGCAAAGGUAAUAAAGAAAUGACCUUCUUCCCAUUAAGAACGUUGCAUCCCUUUUAACUGCUAUUAAUGCACUGUCUUUUAAAAAAGAAAUCAAUCACAAAAAUAUCUCAUUUUCUCGACUUUUCUUAAGCCAUGACAUUCAUCUGACCCAAAUGACAGAUUUCCGUACUGUUUUAUAGUUUAUCAAGUGAAAUCCAUGACAACUGAUCAAAGAUGUGCUAGGCACCAAGUCAAGUUAGCUAAAGUCUGUUAUGUUUAAUCGUUUCUAAAACUAGAGACUAACAGCCAUGUGCCUCUUGACCAGGUUCCUGAUGGAGCUGAAUCAUUAUUUGGCCAUUCUAAUCUGGAUCUACGCUAUCCAAAGUCGUUGAGAAGCACUCAACUAAGCACUCAAGUAAACACUGGUUAGGGCGCUGAAUGCAUAAAUUACCAAAAUAAUAUAAUAAGCUAAUAUAUAUUUAAGCUUACAAAAUUACAGACGUAAAUCUCUUAGAGGAUCGGACUGCUUGGUGAUGCGCCCUGGGGUCAGGGGGUAGUCAAGCCCCAAGGUCCAACCCCUUACUUUUAUAUCUACCAUUUUUGACAGAAAACGUACCCCUUUUCUGCAUUCCAAAAAUGGUAACCCUUUCACAUAUAUGUUUAAGAACUUUGCAUCCGUUUCAAUUGCUGUAAAAGCAUUGUUUUAUAUACAUGAACACGUCCAGCAAAACCCGCUGAACGUUUUCGUGACGUUUUCACAGCCAUAAAAUACAGACCGAACUAGCAUAAGUGAAAUUCCUACUCUCUCAUAUACCUGAAGCCUAAAAAAGGUUCCCCGUUCGGAGGAAGCCUCCUCGUUUUGGCCUUUAUAUAGGGAGCCUCCCGGGUGAUCCGCACGAAUAGGUUGACUCAAUGCUCUAACGAAAACUGGACGUACUGCUAAUAUCAAACAUGAACAGAAACAAGCAAAUCAAUUUCUCCAAUCAGGAAAAGACUGAGCAUUUAUAACUAGUACCAUAGGCCGGUAAAGAAAGUAAGAAAUAAAUAUUGUAUGGAUUUCAACAACCACACGUUCACUUCUCAUUGAAAUGCUUAUACCUCGCGCUUGCUAUUUAUAGAUGAUACUUCAGCUUCAACAAGCGACGAUCAUUUUCCUCUCCUGCGGAUCUUAGUUGCUGCAACAGGAGUUUUAUUGUUUGUGAUGGUGUUACUGAUAUUGGUGAUCUAUAAGAAGAACAGAAAUGCUGCGUUUAGCGUCGAAAAAUAGGUAAAAUGAAGAAAUGAUUACGCAUUGAUAUUGACAUGCAAUAACGACACAGUAUAAAUUGCUUAGUAUGAGAUACUUAAUUGCUUUUUAUUUUGUCAAUACUAUUUAUGACUAAAGGUAUUCCUGACCUUCAAUCGGCGAAAAAAUUGCUGAGACCUGUCCUCAAAUAGUGUUCGGAGAACAAAACAUUCAACACCGCUUCCAUCCAUUCAAAGUUGGGGUUUUGAUUUUGUUGUUUCCUUCAGGUAGCUCUAACAUCGACAUGAUGUUACCUGAAGGAGUUGGGGUGGAAAGCUUUCUUCUCCCUUUAAAAGCUUAGAAACUGUUUUUAAUGAAAAGUGUCUCAGCUAAUUUUGUGGCCGAUUCUACACUGCAGCUACACCGCUCGUUAUUUGCAACUUCGUAAGAGCCCUAUGUUAUUUAUCAGUAGCCAGUAGGCCAAGAGCGAAAGCAGAUUUGGUUAUAUUAGAAAACGUUGUCAGUCGUACUCUGCUAGCCGAAGAACAUCUUACAGUCCAACUUUCCUGUCCCCCGGCCCUCACCCAUUUUACAUGUUCCUACUCAGUUCACCUUGCACUUCCCCUAUGAUAUUUUAUGCUAACGACAAAGUUUGUAUUCUUUUUUACACAGAUCAUCAAAGAACAAAGAUGUUCAAACCUUUAGAUGCUAUCAAUCAGCAACUGCCCAGUUCUCAAUAAAUUAAAUGGAACGUAAUGACUAGAAAAUACGGCUAGUGUAUGUAAAUGUCUAAGCCUUUUACUGUUUAGUUUGCAAAACUGUACAGUACUUGACCGACAGAAGCGCUAGAAGCUAAAUUGAAGCAAAGCCAGAUUAGUUCCUAGGUUUGCCAAACUAUAGCGUCGCCGUUUAGCGUUAUUCGGAAGGCAGGCUUGCCCACCUGCCGAGAUGGCCGGUUGCUAAAGCCGACACCUCGGCUGACGGUCAAAGCCGAAAAACAACGAAAAUUCUCGACUCACGUAAACAGCCGAUGACCGUCUAGAGAAGAAUGUUUAUGUGGCACUCCUGUUAGAAAAGCCGGAGCUUGGCUGUCAUCUAUAUUACACUUAACUCGAACCUCCCUUAAGCGACCUUGGCGCUUAUGAAGAAUCGUCCUUAAUGCCCCUCUCUUGUUUCCUUCCCCCAGUCCCCUUACCCUUCUGGACGCCUCUUACGCAGGCUAGCAGUAAUCGAAGCACAAUUUUUUUUUCCGAGUAGAGCUGCCCUGACCCUUAAACGUUUUGAAGGAUAUAUUACCACGUGCAAAUAACUAAU